AUGUCCGGCGUGAUUGCUCCUAUAUACUACCAACCGCCCGAGGCAAUGCAGCAGGCGAUGGAGGUUGAACAACCCACCGCGCCCGGACUCGGAGGCCCCAUGGAUGCUAAGUCAGCUUCGAGGUCUUGCACAACUUGUUCCAAGGCCAAGGCGAAGUGUGUGAAGAAGGCAAGGGAGGCGGUUUGUGAGAGGUGUGCAAGGUUAAGGAAGGAAUGUCAUUCGAGAGAGCCGGUGCUUAGGCGGAGGAAGGUCGUUAAGACAACCCGUGCUGCUCAACUCGAGAAGCUCGAGAACAAGAUCGAGCAUCUCGUGAACGCACUGGCAACAACACAAUCGCACCGAGGGUUCAGCGUGGACCUAGGCCAACCCUCACCUCCCAUCUCGGCAACCUCUGAAAGGGUCAGCGCGGACAAGUUCUACGAGCAGCAACGAAUCACCGACGAUAGCUUCAACCCACGCCAGCAUGCUGUGCUCAGCUCGCUAUGCGAUCCCAUAGAUGGCAGAGAGGAUGGUUGUACGAGUUCCUCCUCGUCGAGUCCAACUCCUGACCCGACGACUGCCUCGACUGCUGCUACAUCCCCUGUUGCUCAGCUAGCAGAUUAUCAGUCCGUGGGAGUGUCCAUGGCGGAGGCCGACGUGCUGCUCGACAGAUACCGACGGUUGCUAGCUCCUGCAAUGCCCUUUGUCGUCCUGCCGCCGAAUACCACCGCACAGCAGCUCUACGCUGAGAAGCCUGCCCUUCUCCACUCCAUCGUCGUUGUCUCAUCUUUUCACGACCUUGCGAAGCAACAGAUGAAUGUCAAGCGAUUAAUCCGUAACCUUAGCGAAAGGAUCAUGAUCAACUGCGAGAAGUCCAUUGACGUGCUUCAAGCCAUCAUGGUCUUCGUCGGCUGGUAUCAUCCUCACAUAUUCUGGUCCAACCAAUGUACAAACCUCAUGCAUCUCGCCAUCGCCAUGAUCGUCGACCUUGGCCUCGACAGACCUCCUCAACAAUGCGGCGACUUCAAGGAGAAGACGCACAAAGCCGUCAACGGACCUGGGAUUGUCGAGCGGCAGCCAUUGCCGGAAGAACACCGCAUCUUGGCAGGCAUCUUUUACCUCUCCUCAUGCCUCUCAUCGUCCUUCAAAAAGAUGGACGCCACCCCUUAUACGCCCUACCUCACCAACGCUCUCGUUACCCUCGAAACAGCAGCCAACUACGAAUCCGACCUCCUCCUCGUCCAGAUGGUCCGCCUCCAGCACCUCGUGGAAGAGGCCUCCGGCUUAAGCGCACCACAAGCGCCCAUAGGAGUCUACACCAAAGGCUUCGAAGCCGACCUCGCCCGCCUCCGCAAAGCCGAUCCCAAUAAGGACCUCGACAACUUCUACCUCCAAAUGCAAUACCGCACCACCGAAGUCCUCAUCUGGGAAAUCGCCCUCAACGACCUCCAAGAAGGCAAAGGCGUCAGCCUCCGCUGCCGGCUGGAAGACCUUUCCCGCCUCAUCGACGCAAUCAAGAACUUCAUCGACCUCUUCUUCACCAUCGACAUCUCCUCGUACCUCACCAUGCCCUUCUCCAUCUUCGCUCAGUUCGCACACACCUUUAUCGUGCUCAUCAAGAUCGCCUCCCUCGAGGUCGACGGGUGGGACAUCCGUAUCCUCAGCGAUCGGAUCAACUUCCUCGAAUCAGUUGCAGAAGCCGCGCGGCGCUUCGAAGCUUCUCUCACAUCACAUCCUGACGGGCUGGACAUCAACAACGACCACUUCGGCAAGUGGGCUGUGCGAAUCAGAUGGAUGAUGCAGGUCUAUGAGGCGAAGUUCGUGCAAGGAGAGGAGAAGACUGAAGCAGCGAAAGCUAUCUUGCGCACGCCCGCGGCGAGCGAGGAGCAGUUCGCCGCUGAUACGCCUGCGACUUCUGCCGGUGGACAGAGCAUGCAGCAGCCCACGCCGCCGGACGACGUGCUGAGUGGAGAUUUCUUUAACUACCUGGACGAGAACUUCUGGCAGAGUUUCGCUGGGGAUUUUGAUUUGGGGUAUCCGGAUGUGAGCAUGGUUUGA